AUGGACCUUUCUUUGGAAGGUCACCAAUUUACAUGGACUAAAAGCCGAGGUACAGACCAUGCGUUGGAAGAACGUCUUGAUAGAGCUCUUGUUAACCCCAGUUGGUUUGACUUUUUUCUUGACGCGAAAUUACUCAACUUGAUCGCGACUCAUUCGGAUCAUAAUCCGAUUCUUUUAGCUUGCGAACAAAUCCAGCAGCGCCGCAAGAUGUUCUCUUUUAGAUUUGAAAACAGUUGGCUCAAGGAGGAGGGGAUUGAGGAUGUUGUUACUCGCGGUUGGCAGAAAGGUCACAGGCAGAACUUAAUACAUUGCAUUGGUACGUGUGCUGGUGAGCUUGGGACUUGGAACAGACUGAGAGGUAAAAACCAUAAAGAGAGAUUAGCUGAAUGUUUAGCUACUAUGGAUUGCUAUAGAGAUGCUCAGGAUACGGUUUCGUCGUCUCGGUAUCUAGAAGCUCAAAAGGAAUAUAAUAAACUGAUUGUUAGUGAUGAAAUUUUUUGGAAAUAG